CCAUGAAAUAAUUGAGAAGGAAGAUAUAGAGGAUCCGAUGGAUGAAGUUGUCAAUAUUCUUAAUUCGCAUCUAACAUCAUUACAAUGGAUAGAUUCGACAGUUAAUCAACUUACUCAAAACGUUCAUAAUGCAAAAUUGCUACUUACUCAGACUCAAAGUGAGUUAAAUUCUCGACAACAGCAAAAUGGUACCGGUAGUAGUUCUGGAUAA